AUGGCCACCACACUGCAUACCGCAAACCAGUUCCUGCUCCUUUCGCUACCUUUGAGUGCCCAACCAAGCUCUGCACCAGGCGCAGAUGUCGAAAAGUGGCUGCAAGAGGAGCUAUGUGGCGGUAGACCGUUUGUUUCGGAGUUCAAGAUCCCAGAGUUCAAGAUCGGCUCUCUUGAUACUCUCGUAUUGCAAUCCGAAGAACUUGCCAAAAUUGACUCCCAGAUAAGUAGCUCUGUUGCGAAAAUCGUCGAGGUGCUUGGCAACUUGAACGAGAUGCAAACCAAUGCCUAUAAAACCCUUCCUGUUGGUAACGUGCCUGUUAUGGAAUACUUGGAGAAUUUUCAUUGGCAAACCCGCAAAUUUAGACUUGAUAGAUCUAUCAAAGAGCUCAUAAGCGACAUUGCUGACGAGUCUUUUCAAUUGGAUGCUGACGUUAGAGCCACCGCCACCAACUAUAACAAUGCCAAAACUAACUUGGCAGCCGCAGAACGCAAAAAAACCGGUGAUUUAUCUGUCAGAUCUUUGCACGACAUUGUGAAGCCUGAAGAUUUCGUACUAGGGUCAGACCACCUCACCACCGUGCUUGUAGCUGUUCCUAAAAGCUUGAAAGACGAAUUUGAAAAAAGCUAUGAGGCAAUGGCCCAAAACGUCGUACCUUGCUCGGCAAGUGUUCUCAAACAAGACAGCGAAUACAUUCUUUUCAAUGUUCACCUAUUCAAGAAGUCCGUUAACGAGUUUGUGAGUGCUUGUCGCGAAAAGAAAUUUGUGCCCCGCGAUUUCGAUUACUCUGAAGACCUUAUAAAUCAAUUGACGAAAGAGCACGAUUCUGCAGCUCAUUUGGAGCACUCUUUGCGUGUUCAAUUGGUGCGUCUGGCUAAAACUGCUUACUCGGACGUGUUCAUGAACUGGUUUCAUAUCAAAGCCCUCCGCAUUUAUGUGGAAAGUGUUUUGCGCUACGGUUUGCCUCCUCAUUUCAACACACGUUUGAUUGCAGUUCCACCCAAAAGCCUUGGAACUUGUAAAAACGAACUGAUCAAGGAAUUUGGAUAUUUAGGUGGUAACGCUUUUUCGAAGGACAAAGCGGGCAAGAUAAAGAAGCAAGACAGCGCGUUGCACGAGUACGCCUCAAUUGUUGAUACAGAAUAUGAACCAUUCGUUAUGUACACGGUGGAAUUGUGA